AUGGUGCAUAUAAUUAAUGGAGAAAUCGUGCCCGACAACGACCCGAGAGUGCGUGCACUUCGACCACCGAUUCAGCAGCCUCAACGACGCUUUGGAUCAGUAUAUAAUAACAGAGCAGGAGAGACUUUACGUACAGCUACAGUUGUGCCACCAGACGCUGCUGGAGCGUCACCAUUGCAAGGUUUAGCACGUCAAAUGGGAUUAGAAGGGUCAGUGACAAUUCCAGCAAUGCUAGGCCUAUUCCCUGCACGAUCAAUUCCAAAGAUUCAUUUGGUAAUUGCAGCAUUGCUAACGGUGUUCUUUGGUUGGCGGGCCUUGGUAUUUCUAGCCUUUGCUUUCUUCCUUACCAUGCAAUAG